ACUCCCGAAACAUAAACUCUCACAAGUAGCUAUCAAGAAAACAAAGAGAGUUAAGCUUCUCAUCAUCCUGCCUUGAAAAACUACUUCCGUGUCUCCCUCUCUGUCUACACACUCUUUCUCUCUUUCUAUUCUAUUCUCUCUAUAUAUAUUCUUAUCUCUUCUCCCUUCACUCUUACUUGAUUGAUUCAUCACAUUUAAACAGAGAGAGAGAGAGAAAUGGAGAACGGUGAGAAAGCAGCUGAGACUGUUGUUGUUGGGAACUAUGUUGAGAUGGAGAGGGAAGGCAAAGCUUCAGACCUCAAAUCUAAGUUAUCUGACAUGUUUUGGCAUGGUGGUUCUGCCUACGAUGCUUGGUUCAGCUGCGCUUCUAACCAGGUGGCGCAAGUGCUGUUGACACUACCAUACUCGUUUUCACAGCUGGGGAUGCUCUCGGGGAUCCUGUUUCAGCUCUUUUAUGGAAUCUUAGGUAGCUGGACUGCUUACCUCAUCAGCAUUCUCUAUGUUGAAUACAGAACCAGAAAGGAGAGAGAGAAAGUUAACUUCAGAAACCAUGUCAUUCAGUGGUUUGAGGUUCUUGAUGGAUUGCUUGGGAAGCACUGGAGGAAUGUUGGGUUAGCAUUUAACUGCACCUUCCUUCUCUUCGGAUCUGUCAUUCAACUCAUAGCCUGUGCAAGCAACAUAUACUACAUAAAUGACAAUCUGGACAAGAGGACAUGGACAUACAUAUUUGGAGCAUGUUGUGCAACCACAGUCUUCAUCCCUUCCUUCCACAACUACAGGAUCUGGUCUUUUCUUGGACUCGUGAUGACCACUUACACUGCUUGGUACCUCACCAUUGCCUCCAUCCUCCAUGGACAGGUACAAGGAGUGAAGCAUUCAGGACCGAGCAAGCUGGUCUUAUACUUCACAGGGGCCACAAACAUUCUUUACACAUUUGGUGGACAUGCUGUUACUGUAGAGAUAAUGCAUGCGAUGUGGAAGCCUCAGAAGUUCAAAUCGAUAUACCUGUUUGCAACACUGUACGUGCUGACGCUGACGCUGCCUUCAGCUUCUGCGGUCUAUUGGGCGUUUGGUGAUUUGCUUCUAAACCAUUCCAACGCAUUUGCUCUCCUCCCAAAGAAUCUAUACCGUGACUUUGCAGUUGUGCUGAUGCUCAUCCAUCAGUUCAUAACCUUUGGUUUUGCUUGCACGCCACUCUACUUCGUGUGGGAGAAGCUUAUAGGGAUGCAUGAGUGCCGGAGCAUGUGUAAACGAGCCGCCGCUAGGCUUCCGGUCGUUAUACCCAUAUGGUUUCUUGCCAUCAUAUUCCCUUUCUUUGGUCCCAUUAACUCAACCGUCGGAUCUCUUCUAGUCAGCUUCACUGUCUACAUCAUCCCUGCACUAGCUCACAUCUUCACCUUCCGCUCAUCGGCCGCACGUGAGAACGCCGUGGAGCAGCCGCCGAGGUUUCUAGGACGUUGGACAGGGGCCUUCACUAUAAACGCCUUCAUAGUUGUGUGGGUUUUUAUAGUUGGAUUCGGGUUUGGUGGUUGGGCCAGUAUGAUCAAUUUCGUUCACCAGAUUGACACGUUUGGCCUCUUCACAAAAUGUUACCAGUGCCCUCCUCCACCGGUUAUGGCCUCGUCGCCUCCUCCCAUCAGCCAUCCUCACUUCAACCACACUCGUGGCCUUUAAAUUUGAAGCAGUACCAAUCUCUAGAAGAGACGGACGGCCCCCAAGAUCAGUCUCCCCAGCUGCCAGGGAAGUUGGCGUUUUUCCACGGAUCAGAACAGAUUACAGAGAUUCUAUGGGGUUCGUUUAGAUCAAACCACCAAGGCGCCGUAGUGUACGUUUUUGUGUUCGAUUUGCUUCUAUAGUAUUGUGUAAUUUUAUUAUUGUCUCUUCUAAUCUUUGGGAAAAUCAAAAGAAGAAAACAAACAAACUUUAGGAAUAACCCUCAAAUCAAUCUUUCAUGGA